GAAGCCCUCGGCCCGCGGGGCUCGGUGCCGGCGCUGAGCUGCCGGCCCGCCGGGAUGACGCCCCCGCGGCCGGCGGGGCCCGGCUCACCGCCCCGGCGCGGGGCUCUCUUCCAGAACGUGCUGGCCAAGGCGCUGUACGACAACGUGGCCGAGUCCCCGGACGAGCUCUCCUUCCGCAAGGGCGACAUCAUGACGGUGCUGGAGCGCAACACGCAGGGGCUGGACGGCUGGUGGCUCUGCUCGCUCCACGGCCGGCAGGGCAUCGUCCCCGGGAACCGCCUCAAGAUCCUGGUGGGGAUGUACGACAAGAAGCAGCAGCAGCAGCAGCAAGCGCCCGGCCCGGCGCAGGGGCAGGCGCCGCCGCAGCCGUCGGUGCCCCAGCCGGCUCUGCCGUACCACCACCAAGGGGGAUACACCCCGCUGUCGCCCGCCUCGCAGUACACACCCAUGCACCCUGCUUAUGCCCCCCAAGGGGACAACGUCUACCUGAUGCCGGUCCCCAACAAGGGACAGCAGAGUCUGUACCCGGGCUCGGCACCCACCGGACAGUUUCCUCCUGCCCCGGCUAAGCAGCCACCCACCUUCCCGAAGCAGGCACCUCCCCACACCUUCCCCAGCCCCGGCCAGGAGAUCUACCAGGUGCCCCCCUCCCUGGGCCAGGCAGCAGAGGCGUACCCCGGGGGUUCUGCCAGUCCUCCCCAGGAUGUCUACCAGGUUCCUCCCUCAGCUGGUCAGGCUCAAGAAAUCUACCAGGUGCCCCCGUCGCUGGACAUGAGGAGCUGGGAAGGGCACAAGCCCCAGGGAAAGGUGCUGGUGCCCACCCGCAUGGGGCAGGUGUAUGUCUAUGACUCCCCCAAGGGUGAGCAGGUUGAGUAUGAUUUCCCUCGCCACCUCAUCUCCACGGGUUCCCAGGAGAUCUACGAUGUGCCGCCUGUCCGAGGGGGGGUCCCGAGCCAGUUCAACCAGGAGGUCUAUGACACCCCCCCCAUGGCAGUGAAGGGUCCCAAUGGGCAGGACCCAGGGCAGGAGAUCUACGAUGUGCCCCCCAGCGUGGAGAAGAACCUGCCCCAAACUGUGUACGACGUCCCCCCCUCGGUCAGCAAGGACGUGCCGGAUGGCCCGGCACGGGAGGAGACCUACGACGUGCCCCCCGCCUUCGCCAAGCAGAAAACCUUCGACCCCUCCCGCCACCUCAUCCUGGCCCAGCAGGAGCCCUACUUGCCAGAGGAUGUCUAUGAUGUGCCACCGGCAGCUGGGAAGGGUGCUCCUGAGCAGCCGCUCUCCCAUGAGAUCUACGACGUGCCCCCCAGCCUCAAGAAGCUGGGGGGAUCCACCUUCCCCUCCCAGGAGGUGUACGACGUGCCCCGGGACCUGCACGCCCCGGGUAAGGGCUCCGUGGACACAGAGGGCGAGUACAUCUACGAUGUCCCACCGCAAGUGGACCGCGAGGCCAAGGGCGCCGACGCCAAGCGCCUCUCAGCCUCCAGCACGGGCAGCACCCGCAGCAACAUCUCCACGUCCUCACUGGAUGUGGUGCCCGUGAAGGAGCCGGCCAAGGGAGCCGGCAAGGAGUUCUCCCUGGACUUGGACGCCGCUAUGGAGACACUGGCCAAGCUCCAGCACGGCGUCAGCAGCGCCGUCUCCUACCUCAUGUCCUUUAUCGGCACCAACUGGCGCAGCCCCGAGCACAUGGAGGCCAACGCCGCCAGCAUCCGCGGCGCGGCCGAGGGCGUCCGGACGGCCCUCCGGGACCUGCUGGAGUUUGCCCGGGGGGCAGUGGGCAAUGCUGCCCAGGCCUCCGACCGCUCCCUGUACGCCAAGCUAAGCAAGCAGCUGCAGAAGAUGGAGGAGGUCUACCAGGCCCUGGCACGGCACGGCCAAAUGCUGGACGCUUGCCACUGGGCCCCCAGUGCGCUGGCCAGCAGCAAGCCGGGCGCGGAUGACUUGGAGCACUUCAUCAUGCACUCACGUGGUGUCCCUGAUGACACCAAGCAGUUGGCUUCCUUCCUGCAUGGCAAUGCCUCCCUCCUCUUCAAACGGACAAAGCCGGCGGUGGAGAGUGGUGGCCAUGGGCCCCCUCACCCCUCCGACAAAGCCAACAGCAUCCAGUCCCGGCCCCUGCCCUCCCCGCCCAAGCUGCUGGCCCAGGAGUCGCCCGACGGGCCCUACGAGAACAGUGAGAGUGGCUGGAUGGAGGACUACGACUAUGUCCAUCUCCAGGGCAAGGAGGAGUUCGAGAAGACCCAGAAGGAGUUGCUGGAGAAAGGCAAUAUCAUCCGACAGAGCAAGGACCAGCUGGAGCACCAGCAGCUGAAGCAGUUUGAGCGGCUGGAGCAGGAGGUGUCGCGCCCCAUCGACAAUGACCUGUCCAACUGGAGCCCCUCCCAACACUAUGGCCCGGCACGGGGCAGCGGGACCCUGUGUCCUGCCGACCGCCAGCUCCUCCUCUUCUACCUGGAGCAGUGCGAGGCCAACCUUACCACGUUCACCAAUGCUGUCGACGCCUUCUUCACCGCCGUCAGCACCAACCAACCCCCCAAGAUCUUCGUGGCCCACAGCAAGUUCGUCAUCCUCAGCGCCCACAAGCUCGUCCUCAUUGGGGACACGCUGUCCCGCCAGGCCAAGGCCCAGGAUGUCCAGCACAAGGUGAUGCACUACAGCAACCUCCUCUGUGAGAUGCUCAAGGAGAUCGUGGCGACCACCAAGGCAGCCGCCCUUCACUACCCUUCUCCUGCCGCGUCCAAGGACAUGGUGGAGCGCGUCAAGGAACUCGCCAACAGCACGCAGCAGUUCAGGAUGGUGCUGGGCCAGCUGGCAGCCAUGUGAUGGCCUCAGGGCCACUGUCCCCUCUCUCUGGCCCCCACCCCUCCCCAGACAUGUGUUCCCCUCCAUGGGAGUCCUCUCCACCUGGUGUAAGCGGACAUGUACAUAGAGACUCAUGCACACCGGGGGGCUGGGGCUCCAUGGGGAGGGGAGGGAUGGGCUGCAGCCAUCAUCUCCUUCCCUCUUCUUCCCUCUGGCCGGAGGCCAGGAAUGGUUUCAGAGCUGUGCCCGUAAUGAAGCAAAGCUGGGAGGUGCAUCUAUGCCCAAUCCUUCCCUGCUGUCCUCUCUCUAUACAAAACCGGCAGCCGGUCCUGGUCUGGAGGGCAUGGGGCCGUGUCCCUCUUGAGACAAGGAUGUGCCUGGCAAUUUGAGGUGUUGCUGUGGCUGCCCCGCUCUCGGGGGGACACCAGAGCCACUCUACAGUGGCCAGCAGAUUCUAAUGGUGUGGAAGCCAUCCCCUGUGGUGGUGGGACAGUAUGACACAGAGAGGUUGUACUGUCCCCCUGUGUGCUGGAGCCUGGGGAUAGGGGUCCCCAGGGGGGUAAGGGAUGGUGGGGAGCUGCUGGGGCAGGAAGGGGCUAACCUGUGCGUUCUCACGUCUCGGGGUGUGAUACAGUACCAGCUGUAACCGAAACGUGAACUGAAAUUGGUGCCUUUUGAACACAGGGGAAGCUUCCGCUGGUUCCCGGAGCUACCGCGUGGCAGCCCCCUCCAAAACUUGGCCCCAAGUCCCCCAGCAGCAUAAAGAUUUGCCUACAAACGCCCUCCAUCUCCUGGGUAUCUGCGUGUGCCUGCUGAGGCGAGGGAGAGCCCCUGGUGCAGGGCUGCGGGGAUCCUGUCCCCCUAAAAGAUCUCAUAGCCAAUGGA